AUGGACAUCAUCGGCUCACUCGCCCAGUUCUCCAUCGCCGCCCUUCCUGUCCUCGGUGGUUCCACUCACUUACACACGCAGACCGAGCGCCGAGAGCCGAGAGCCGAAGCCGAGACCCGCUCAAUCUCAAAUCGCUGCGUCUAUGUCGUCCAAAACGACACUCCCGCCCGGUCACCACCUCGAACCCGUCAAGCCAACCGGCAGCGCGUCUCGCGGUCCCCUACCCCCUUCACGCCGCAAUCGGACGGCACCCAGGGCUUCCUCGGCGCGACGAGCUACACUGCUGUCCUGCAGGAGGCCCAGAGCAGCUUGACACCGACGCCCGGCGAGCCUUCAGGCUCCAUCGACGGGCAUGACGGAGCCGUCUCGCGGUUCUCGCUAGACGAUAGGUCCUAUGACACUGCCAUGAGGGUUCUGCGCAACGUCCCUUGCGAAGAAGACUGCCGCUUCCUGCUCAAGUGGAACGUCAACCCCAACGAAGGCUGGUGCCGCACUGCAACCGAAUGGCUCAUAGACACCCUCUGGACGACUUUUGGGCCGCUGCUCCGCGACGGGACGCCGAAAGCGCUCACGCAGAUGGCCUUGACGCUCUCCCGCAAUAGCUCCCGGGUGCUCAGAGAAGAUUACACCGAGCCGCGCGAGUGGUUCACGAGCUUCUCUGGUCCAAACAUGCGUUGGGAGUCCCUCGGCAUACUCUUUUCCUCGUGGGCGUUGGGCGCAAAGGCCGCGCCUCACUCGUACGCGGGCGAGCAAGUCACCAGCGAAGAGGCUCAAAAGAGUCUUUGCAAGUACAAGGAGUGCUCGUGGGGCUGCAUCGAGAUUACGCGAAACAUGGCCAGCGCAAACACGCUGCUGCAACACCUCGUCUGCAGGCAGAGCAUCGUCGAGUCCAUCGUCACCGGCGACAGCAGCCCGCAGCAUUGGCGACUCCAUGGGGAGUCACUGAGCUUGGCCACGUUCCUCGGUCUACACGCGUCUCCGGGGGACCUCCGGGAUCGCUCCAUUUGUACGCAGAUCAAGAGGCGUCUGUUUGCCAAGGUCAUCAUCUCAGACAAGCUCAUGUCGACCUUUACGGGUCGACCGCCCCACGUCGCUCGCCGAUUCGUUUCCACGCCGCUGCCGCUCGACAUCCCAGACGACGUCCUCCUCGGGCUGACGCCAUGGAGCGACGACCUGGUCGACGAGAACGGAUGGAACACGCGGGGGAAAAUGUACGCCACCACGUUGCAACGCGCUCGAGCAAUGAUUGCUUUCGUGCGAGACUCUAUCCUGGACAUUGCAUUGCAGCCCAUCGAGCACGGAAGUGCAGAGCCGCUUAUCGGUCUGAAACAGCAGCAACUGCAACUGCUAUCACAGCUUCCUGCGAGCAUCAUGUUUCGACAGGAGGACGUUUCGAGCCCAACAGUCGACGGCCCGACGCUCUGUGGCAAGCUGCUGGUGCAGCUGGAACACCUGCAGAACCUCUUCUUUAUCGAGCGCCUUCUCGACCGACCAAGCACGCGGCCAAGCCUGCCGCUCCUGGACGUCAGCUUGGAGCUCGUCUCGCUGACGCUCGUGUUCUGGACGCACAAGGACCGAAUGAGCGGACUGCACGGCGAUUUCGAGUGGCUCGUCAUGGGGUACGCGGCGCCGGCGGGUGGUGUUUUGUGCCUCGAGCUGCUUCGCGGCUCAGGUCCGUCCAUGUCGCGGCGCUCCAGCGUGAUUCAGCAGCUGAGUCUGCUGGUCGGGUUCCUUGACUGGGUCGGCCCCGCGGCCCCGAACGGCGAUCUGUGCAGCGACGUCAAGAAGGUGGUGCGACACGUCCUUGACCAGACACUAAACUCCCCUGGCCUGGACAAGGCGGACGGCGUGGACUCGAUGGGGUCCCUGGCGGACAUGAAUGACUUUUUCAACUUUGAGCUGUUGGACACAUUUGACUGGCUGAGGCCUGAGGCUGGGGAGCGAGUGCCUUGA